AUGUGCGAGCACAUGGCCAAUGGCCUAAGCGACUUCGGUUAUAGCGGUGCUUGUCAACUCUUACGUCCAAGACUUGCGACUUCUUGUCGUUGUUUCGAGAGCGGACAGGACGUCAAAGUGUUGUACUUCGUUUAUUAUGUUCAAUGGUCCGACGUGCCAUGUGGCCGGGACCACAGUUAUUCGGUGGUCGACGAGAAGGACGCUAAACUGUCCAUCUACUCGUAUCUCGUAGCGGUCGCGCAAUACGAGAGGUGGGACUUCGCAAAGUCGCGUGGCAGCCAAGCUUAUGGCGGUGCUGGUCGGUAUCUUCCAGCGAAGUUCGAGACCCAGUAUAGUACGAGUCGGACUUUCCCACCAAACGCAGACUCUGCAACUCUUUCAUCGUUAUCGCACAGUGAUCUUGGUCGAGGAUCGAGACGGUCCAGUGUCAAAUCCAUGGCUCCUAAGCUGGGGAAGAUGAGGGGUAUCGUGGCAGCCACACCACUUAAGCUUGAGCGUACCACAGAAUCGGUGCACGUUAUCUUUGAGCGUGAAGCCACAUUGCGCCUCUUCCGAAGCCUUCGGAUGAAGUGGAAGAGCUCCUUCACCUACGCUGCUCGAAGUCAACCGGAAUUACGUGGUGACAGUCCAACAUGUCACGCACUUGGUGCCAUUGGCGGAUCACUUGGCUUGUUGGUCUGGCUGUCUCACCUUGGCGGACAGGAACUGAUUGCUCCGUUUGUCACGGAAUCCGUCAGGCAAUGUAUCGGCCUCUGA